AAUUCUCUGCUUGGAGCAGCUCUUUCCUGUCUGUUUUUGAGUGCGUGUUGAGUGUGGAAGAACGUGUGCUGCUAAGGUCGUACAGAACCUAGUCUGUCGGUCUGCGUGUGGGAAUGUGUGGUUAGUUUAGAUAUUCAACAUUAUUUGCACUUAUGACAAAAUAAAGUAUUUGUUUUUAUUUAGGAAUUAGCUUGCUAACGACCCAAAGCAAAUAAUUGAGGAAGCAGCAACAGGGCACGUUGUUUGCUUUGUUGUUUUUCAGGUCCAAGAUAUUUAGCUAAGUUGUCCAAUUUGUAGUUAUUAGCAAACGCCCCUGUGUUUUGAAGAUGUCUACGGGCUGUCAGAAGACCACUACUAGCAAGGCCAUUCCGACCAGGCGGGUGACCAUAAACGACGCCUCGCACAUGCCCAACGACUACUCCACUACUCCCGGGGGAACUCUGUUCAGCACAACACCUGGAGGUACAAGAAUCAUCUACGACCGGAAGUUCCUGCUGGAGUGCCGCAGUUCCCCGCUGGCCAGGACUCCACCGUGCUCUCUCCCCAACAUUCCAGGGGUCACCAGCCCACCCUCCAAACACAUCAACAAUGUAAAGGCCCAUAACAGAGAGCCACUGAACAACAACAUCACUGCACCUGCUGACAAAAGCACUGGUGACGAUGCACAGUUUGAAAUGGACAUCUAACUGUUGGUGGAAUGAGCAUUCAAGAGGGAUGUGAAACAACUUCACUUACUACCAUGAUGCUGAAGAAGAGGCCCAACCAAUCGCCCACCCAGACUUGCUACAAUAUUGUCACCUUCUGUGUUUACAGAUGAAGUCCAUUAGUUGCAGUUUGUUAACUUUAAAUAUCAGCUGUAUUGUUACUGUAAAAUAACACAAAGGUGGUUCAGGCGUGUGAAUGAAGUGUUACCCUCUUGACUCACCUCUGGGGCCUUUCUCUUGUGGAGCCAGCAGCAACACUGAAAAAGAUUGCUCCAGAGGAGUGGUGUGGCGGUAAAGAUUCAAUUUCUUUCAUUCUUUAAUUCUUCAUUCAUUCUUCAUUCUUUGCCACUCAAAUCAAUCUUAUCAUGGGUUAUCCACACUUCACUGCCUUCAAAAUACUAUUAAUUUUUUCAGAUAAAAAGAUUGUCAUACAUAGGAAUGUAAAAAAUAUAUAGAGAGAAAUUUGAGACAAAAAACUACAUUUUCACAUGGUUUGUAAGAAGAAUCAAUAAAGAAAAUAAAACAUA